UUUGUGCAUAUCAAAUCAGGUUCUAGGAGACAUUUCGGAGCUAUAGGCUUAGUCGGUGGGGCAGCGCGCCAAGGAAACAACCUAAAAAUCUCGAAAAUGUCGUGCGGUCAUUAACAUCGUUUCAAGCAUAAAAAUCCAUUUUCGUAGUGUUUUACUAAUUUGACCCCAAAAUUGACUGCCCUCGUUUGUGGGAUACUGAUUUUAAAUUCACGCGCGUUUUAAGCCAAUCUAAAUUUCCAGUUGCAAGAAUGCUGACCCAAAAAAAGUCGCUGCUGAAACAUGUCCUGCGCAAGGCGUGCAGCCUGCUGGGUACAGUCCCUAACCGAGAAUUCCAGUUCCACGUGGAGGACUCGUACCCGAUGCCGCAGCCACGGACUGAUCUUAAACGGAUGACGCCGCCAGAAAAAGACAAGGUCUACGACGCCUGCUGGCAGACAACGCGCCGCACGGAGUACAAAUGCCGCUCGGACAUCGAAUUCAAUGUUCCGGCCUUUAUCGACGCCCGCAAGGGUUGCCUGCAGGACUGCGCCCUGGAGAUGGACGCCGCCGAUCUGGCCCACUACAAGCCUCACGACAUGCUGAAGCGCGUAUACCAGCGCACCUGGUACGAGUGCGUCAUCAAGAAACCCCGCCGCAAAGCUUUCUGUGUCCACAAACCUCCGCCGUUGCCGCGGCGCAAGCGCAAAGCGCACAAGAACAGCACGUGCCAAAAGCCGCCCUUCGCACUCGGCCGUGUCAAACUGGGGCUGAAAAAAUGUGGAAAGAAAGAUGUAAUGGAAUGCCCUCGCUUCUGUAUGCCGAAUUGCAAAGAAGCCCGCAACCCUCCAAAGUGCCGGCGUCCGUUCCGCGGCGGGCUCUGCACCAGGCGGAAGUGCAAGUACCCGAGCUUCUCCGAAUGCCGCCAUGAUCCCAUUCCGGAUGCACCACCCAUCGAGUGCAAGUGCUUGGCCAGGCCUGCCAUUUGCGACAUGUGGCGGUUCUACCGACGCAAAUCUGGGAUUACGCUUUAAUUAAGGUUCUCACAGAGAUGGUGAUCUAGAACGCAUUCCGACUUUAUUCAUAACAUUUUUAAAAAAGCUCCAGAACUAUGUAAAACUUAAUGACUUUGAAUUGUUAGUAAAAAAAAGUACAUAAAA